GCCAUUUUCCCUCCUGUUUGGCCUUACGUCAGUGUGGCCCACUUCUUGGAUCGCUACAGCGCACUUAUUCAGCCUCCUGGACUGUUCACCUCUUCAUUUUCGUCCUGGUCUUCUGGCCGAUCUUCUCGUCUCGCAGCCACCCAGUCUUUCUUCCAUGCAUCUGUUGCAGGCUUUGGAUUAUCUCUUGGUCACUUAGCCGACCUGGGUAUCCAAUUUUGCCCCCCAUCCAUUCAGCUACUGGCUGAUGAUCGUUCUUCAAAAGCUAGUCAGCCAGUUAAUUCAUAUCCUUCAGUUACACCUGCUAUCUCUUCUGUAACUAUGACUAAUGCUGCUACUUGUAAGGGGUCUGGGGGCGGCGUUUGUUGCCUGCUAGGCACUUGCUCGCUUUCUUCUGCAUCUGGUCCUGGCGCCCUUGAGUUAGUUUCACCAGUUUCUCGUAUAGCUGAUUCUGGCAAGCUGGUCGUGCUUGAUGGUCUGUUGGCGCUCCUGAAAGCUGGCGGACAUAGAGUUUUGGUCUACUCCCAGAUGACACGUAUGAUCGACAUUCUGGAGGUUAGGAUUUCUCAUCAAUGA